GCAUUGUUCAAGUGAUGAUGAUGAUGAUGAGACGUUCAUGGCCAGAUCUGACAAGUUGUCGUCGUAUGUACAGGGUGACACUGCGGCCACUUCAACAGAGGGACACGACCAGCAGGGAUGAAAGCGAGCGCGCCAGCUGCCGAUUGGGAUACCAACCAACAACACACACACACUAACUGGCACUAACUCGAUCUCGAGGACCGGAAGAAUCCAACACGAACUACAUACAACCUACCUGCAACGAGCCCGAGAACGGGAGUGUUUGGUGUUCAGUCGCCCGAAAGCAGUUCCUGACCGAUUCGAGCUUCAAGCAUGCCCACUUAUGGCGGAGACGAAGUCAGUGCCGUCGUAUUGGAUAUCGGGUCAAGCACUACUAGAGCAGGAUAUGCAGGAGAAGACACGCCGAAAGUGGUGAUCCCGACGUCGUACGGCUACAUCCCGCCGGCAUCCGACUCGGCCGAGCCCGGCGCGGGCAGCUAUUACUUUGGAGACCAUGGCCCGACGCUGUGGAGAGCCCAGAUGGAGGUGCGGAGUCCGAUGAAGGAGUCGAUGGUCGAGGACUGGACGGCCGUUGGGAAGCUGAUCACGACGGUGUUUGAUCGCGAGAUGAGGCUCGGCUUGCCUGCUGCAGUCCUCGAACCGGACGAGAAACGCGGCAUCCUCACCGAGCAUCCUCUCCUCGUCACCGAACCCUCCUGGAACUCCAAGGAAAACCGCGAGCGAAUGAUCGAGAUGGCCUUCGAAGAGCUCGAUACCCCGGCAUACUAUUCCGUCGAUCGUUCAGUCAUGGCUGCAUUUGCGGCUGGAAAAGGCACUGCAGUGGUUGUUGAUAUUGGCGAUGAUCUGACAACAGUGACGCCGAUCUGCGACGGAUUCGUCCUACGAAAAGGGAUACAGAAGUCACCGAUCGCGGGCAACGUAUUAUCGUCGCUCUUACUAUCGACGACGGAGAGUCUUCUCCCGACGCCCCUAUAUCCGCACAGUCUGAUAGCCAGCAAAGCGAGCCACCCGGCGCCCGUCGACCCCGACUCCGCCAUGGCCUCCGCCACCGAUGAGGAUCCUGUGCUCGUUCCUCCCGGCGUCACCCUCCGCGACGAGCGGCUGCCCGGAAAAGAAAACUCGAAAACUACCGACAGCUUUUUGCGUUACCAGAAGAUCAGGAUCAUGCAUGAUCUUAAGGAGUCUAUCUGUGAAGUCUUUCCAAGGACUUGGGAGGAAGAGACAUUAUCGGCGAUGCCAGGACGGACGUUUGAGUUUCCGAGUGGACAGCAACAACAGUACGGACGCGAACGAUACAUGAUUCCGGAGGUGAUAUUCAACCCAGCGAUCUCGCCCUGGCCGUUGGGGAAGCACGUUGGAGGGCGACAUCCGGGCUCGACGAUCAGCAUGGCUGAGGCCCCACUGCCGUUGUCCCAUCUACUCCUCGAGGCCAUCGCCGCCUCGGACAUCGACAUCCAGCCCACCCUCAACGCUAAUAUCAUCCUCACCGGCGCCUCGAGCUUGAUCCCCGGCCUCAUCGACAGACUCGACUUCGACCUCAAGGCGAUCUCCCCCGCUGUCAAAUUCAAAAUCUCCGCACCCGGUAACCUCGUCGAACGUAAAUUCGCCCCCUGGUUGGGCGGCAGUAUCUUGGCUAGUUUGGGCUCCUUUCAUCAGCUCUGGAUCGGCAAAGAUGAGUACAAAGAGCAAGGAAGAUCAGUGGUCCAUCGGAGAUGCAAAUAACCACUUCUUGUGUUUUUGUUUUUGUUUUGUGUGAGAUAAGAGGUUCAAUGAGACUAUCAGUUUUAUAAGUCUCUCGGAUCCGCCGCCGUGUGCCCCUUUUUUUGUAUGGGUACACAUAAUAUAAUAUACCAUUUGAUCCCCCCCCCCUUUUCCAAAAAAAAGAAGGAAGAGCCAGUUUGUUCAGUGUUUUGUGAAUGGGUCCUGGAGGGAUUGCGGGCGAUAUUGACGGCCGCUGGAGGAGACGUGUUAUAUACAUGGAUGGGGGCAGAGCUUACCCUCUCUCUCCCACACACACGACUCUUGGGAUCGCAGCAAUCCCUCAGCAUUCGUCACUCUUCCUUUUUCUUCUUUUCUUUUCUGCGCACUUCUUGUAUCACUCUUAUAUCACCCGCUCAACUUCCUCUCCACCCAUGCUAAUCUUUCCCCUCGAUAUCGCUGCAAAUUUUAGUGAAGGAAAAAGAAAAGAAAAACAGAGCUGGCCAGACUGAUUAGAAUCUUGAUGGGUCUGCUUGUUUUUUUGGCUCCUGAUGAUGAUGAUGAUGAUGAUG